AAACAAGGUUGUGAUAUGUUAUUUAUCUUGUAAAAUGUUUAUGUAGUUGGUAACUUAGACAUCUUAUGCUAUGCUCAGUUGAAAUUAGAACCAUUUUAAAACUAUAAUUUCAUAAAAAUGACUGCACAAUCAGAUGCAUCGCCAGCGAACAAUGGUACGAAGGUUGUACAAAUUACUAAUAUUGCACCUCAAGCUACCAAAGAUCAGAUGCAAACGCUCUUUGGUUUCUUGGGAAAGAUAGAGGAUAUCCGUUUAUACCCAACUAUUAGAGAUGUAUCAGUCCCAGUACAAUCAAGAAUCUGCUAUGUAAAGUUUUUUGAUCCCACUUGUGUUGGAGUUGCCCAACAUAUGACAAACACAGUGUUUAUUGAUAGAGCUCUAAUUGUUACACCAUAUCAAUCAUCAGCGGGUGAGAUUCCUGAUGAAUAUAGAGCUCUUGAUAUUGCGGCCCAAGCUAAUAUUGUGCCUGGGCUGUAUCCGUCAGAUCCAAAGUUGCCGCCACAUGUAACAAAUCAAAUAGAAGGAAUUCCCCCAAAUCAAGUAAUAACUACUCAUGAUCCACUUCUUGUGUCUAAUGGGUUACCUCCAUAUCCCCCACUACCAGUUACCUAUGAUGCCAGGAGAAUUGAAGAGAUUCGAAGAACUCUCCUUGUGAUCAAUAUUGACAAUUCUAUUUCUGCCCAACAACUUAUCGACUUCUUUGGAACUGCUGGUGAUGUAAAAUAUAUACGAUUUUGUACAAGGGAUAAUGAUAGUAAUCGUUAUGCACUCAUUGAGUUUUCAGAACAGAGCAGCAUUAUUCCUGGCCUAAAAAUGAAUGGAACUGAGCUAGCUGGGAAGAUGAUUCAAGUUUAUCAUGCAACUCAGGCCAUAGCAAAACCUAUGGCUAAAAGUAACGAGGCUGCUCAGAGAGAGAUCGAGGAAGCUAUGACAAGGGUUAAAGAAGCUCAGAGUCUGAUAUCUGCUGCAAUUGAUCCAGUAAUUGGAAUUCUUUCUAAAGACAAGAAACGUAGUCGAAGUGGUUCAAAGUCACGUCGAUCCAGGUCACGUUCUCGGGGAAGAAGACAUCGUCGAUCACGUUCCAGGUCACAUCAUCGUUCUAGACAUCACCGAAGGUCUCGUUCACGAUCUAAGAGAAGAUCUAGGUCUCGCUCUAAGCCAUCCCGUUCCAGGCGCUCACGAUCAAGAGAUAAGCGCCGUAGAUCUUCUAGAGAGCGUAGGAGAAGUCGCUCAAGGUCUCGUUCCAAAAGUAAACGCUCUAGGAGAUCGUCAUCUAGAAGACGGACUCGGUCAAAGUCUAAAUCUCAGUCUGUAAAAUCUCGUAGUGAAAAAUCAAAAUCUGAUAGAAAAUCUAAAGAUAGAGAAAAGAAGAGAGAUAAGGAUAAGAAGAGUGAAGAUUCUAUUAAGAUAGAUAAAAGUACAGAUAUUCCUUCAAAAACAAGUAGCAUAAAAUCUGAAGGCAAGGAUUCAGACAGUGAAAAACUAGAUUCAGAUUCAAAGAAAGCUAAAUCUGUUUCUAUAUCACCAGAUAAGAAAAUAGCUCGUUCUAGAUCACAGUCUCGUGGGGACAGCGGAAGUCCAAAUCGAAGAAGCAGUAGUGUAUCACCUAGUCGUAGACGUCUGAGUCGUUCCCCAAUUCAUCGAGGUAGUCACUCACCAUCUUCUCGGUCCCCUGUGCGACGCAGGUCUCGAUCACCAAGAAAACUUAGUCGUUCUCCAAUAAGAAAACGGAGCACUUCACAUCGAAGAAGUCGUUCUUCUGGGAGAAAAGGCAGUAGGUCUCCUGUACGCAGGUCUCCUGGUCGUUAUCGAGGCAGCCGUUCAGCUUCUCCACCACCUCGUCGCCGUAGUCGCUCUGGUUCACCAUAAAGUGUAUCUACAACAAUUCAUAAUAAUUUGUAUAUUAUGUUCUACAGUGUUAUGGACAGUUAAGCACAUUUGUUUUUAUCCUUCUCCUUGGUUUAUAGGCAUGAUGAAGUUACAUUAUAAUAGAGUUAAAAGGUUUAUCGCAACAUUUAGAAUACUUCUAGAGUAGGCCUAGUAGCCUAAAUAAUUUUGUGCUCAUUAGAAUGUAAAACAAGUUAAAUCUAGGCCUACAUCUUUUUAAGUUUUAUAUUGUUAAUGUAACCUAUCACUGUACUUUUAGUUAAUUGAAUUGUAGUUUACUGUAUUGCAAUUGCAUAUAAUUAAACAUUUCUUUACUAACAGUUUUAUUUUAACCACGCAUCAUUCCCAUCAAGGAAACAGGUAACAAGUAGAAUUUAAACAAAUAAAAUACAUAUAUGCCUAGGGUUUUAAGAUUUGUCUGUUUCAAAUAUGAUCGAGGGAAAGAUAUUGGGUUAGUUUGACAAGGAUAGUAAAUAAUACAUAUAAAUUACUUAAGAAGUAAUUAUAUUUAUUUUCAUUAACAAUAAAUAAAAUGCAAGACUAGCCUACUUUUAAAUUUAUUAUUUUGAUUUAAAUAUUUUACCAAAAAUCGAGUGAAACUAUUGUCUAUCUAUGUUUAUUUAUGUCUUAUUGAAGGUUUGGUAUGACCAUGGCUUUUAAUUUUGACUAUAAUUCAGUCUUAAUAGUAUCAUGGUGUUUAGAACAUUGGUCUUGUAUAUAAAAUACCAAUUAAGUAAUUGUAUGCAUUAUAUUUACCAUUAUUUAAAAUACAUGGUAACUAUAUUCUCAUUUAUGCAAUAGUUCGAUACAAAUUUGAAAGAACUCAUAAUUGAUAUUGAUUAUAAUAUCUGCAAAAUAGAGAAAUAUAAUAGGUACAGACUAAUGCAAUCCUUAAUUUUAGAUUACUGCUGUUAAAAAACCAUUGUUUGAAGACAAUUUCUCUUUAAGUAAUUAAUUUUCCCAUUGUACUCACAUUUUAAUUACUGUUUUAUUUUUUAUAUUUUGGUUAAUACUAGAAUUCCCUGUAAUUUCUUAUAUGUUGUAAAUAAAGUUUCAAAAUACUGA